CGCAUCUUCACUGAAACCUUCCACUCUCACAUCAGGGAGAGAGCUCCUGCUCGUGUGCACAAAACAUGGCUUCACCGAGGACAAUAACCAUUGUGGCUCUUUCUUUUGCGUUGGGUCUAUUCUUCGUUUUUAUGGGAACGAUUAAACUAACACCGAGGCUAAGCAAAGACGCAUAUAGCGAAAUGAAAAGAGCCUACAAGAGCUAUGCCAAAGCACUUCCAGGUCUGAAGAAAAUAGGUGUUAGCUCUGUCCUGCUUCGCAAGAUCAUAGGCUCUUUGGAGGUUGGUUGUGGGGUGGUGCUUACUUUGGUACCUGGGAAGCCAAAGGAUGUAGCAAACUUCUUACUCCUGCUGGUUAUGCUGGCGGUCCUCUUCUUUCAUCAGCUUGUUGGAGACCCCCUAAAAAGAUAUGCCCACGCUUUAGUUUUUGGUAUUCUCCUCACAUGCCGACUUCUUAUUGCCCGCCAAAGUGAGGACCGGCCGGAGAGAGAGGACAGCCGAGAAGAACAGUACCUCAACGACCAAGAAAGAAACAAAGUCAAGCAAUCAUAAGCUUGUCUUCCUCUUUGAGCCAAGCCAUUGUGGAUUGGAAUAAUGGGAUUUAAAAAUAUAUGUUUACGGUAAACAACUGUUCCUGAACACAAAACUUGAUGCAUCAAAAUCUGAACUAUACUCUUUUAUGCACCCAGUGUGAUAAUUGUUCAUACAUCCUCAGUGGACAAUCAUAGUGGAAACCAAUUGCUCUUUCUGUCAGAUCACUGAAUUUAUGCCAGCUUUUCUAGCCUUUCCCCCUCACAUUAUGUGUCAUGAUAUUUAAAUGGUGUCCCUUUUAAUGGAAAAAUAAUAUGAAGGUCUGUUAAAAGCCAACUUUGUGUUUUUAAUAAUGAUUAAGAAUCUAGACCUACCACUAUGUUCAGUUAGUGGCAGAGAAAUAAUAACUUUUUUACAUUUUUUAGUCUGCAUGAAUCUUAAUUCCCAUAGUAGGCCAAUCAUUUGGAUCUGGUUUAGAAUAUAUAUGUAAACUGACAGCUUGGACUGUCUCACAUUUGCUGCUAGCUUGUGCAGCAGAAACAACCAAAUCUACCCUUUUACUUGUCUAUGUGUGAGUCUAUGAUCCUCCUUUGGUUUUAUUGUCUUUAAGGAUAUAUCAUUUCAAUGUUUUUGGACUUUUCUUUCGGUAUUCAUUUUAGCAUAGUAGUUACAUUGGACAAGCUUACACUUUCUAAUUUCUAAUAUACAUAAAAAUAUGUUUGAAUAAUCAAAAAUAUGCUGUGAAUUCUAGAUUUAAAAAUAAAGGAUUUGGAAUU